GUACAUCUACUUCCUGUCAGUAUUAAAAUCCAUUCAAAUUUCUUCAACAGACAAAAAAUUACUUGAAAACCUUCUUUUGUCGAAUCGCGCGUCGGCCGUUUAUUUUCCCAUGCAGUCCGGGUGUCUAUUCCCGUUCACAUCUUCACACUAUCAGUGAAAGAAAAGAAAACUAAAGUUAUAAAUAAGUUUAGUCACAUUCCAGGAUGGGUCGGAGAAAGAAGGCACGUAAACCACCACCCAAAAGGAAGGCAAUAGAACCACUGGACCUUAUUUUUAAUUGUCCAUUUUGUAAUCACGAAAAGUCCUGUGAAGUAAAAAUGGAUCGGAACCGCAACACUGGAAUUAUUAGCUGCAGUGUAUGUCUGGAAGAUUUUCAAACCAGCAUAAAUUAUUUGUCAGAACCAGUCGAUGUCUACAGCGACUGGAUUGAUGCUUGUGAAUCAGCUAACCAGUGAAAUCUUCCAACACUUCUCGUUAAGGUCCAUUUAAAAACAUUCAGCUGCUGCUUAGGAAUGGGGUGGGGGUGGGUUUAAAAAAAAAAUUUUUUUUAACCUGUGAAAUAAUACCAGCCCCACUCCCACCCUCUCAACAAUAUUUGCAAAUCAGAUGUCAUUUUUUUUUACUUUGGCAUUUUAACCAUCUCCACCUUUAAUUCUUUUUUUUUUUUUAAUCUUUUCUCUGGGUGUCCCUUUUUCUUAUCAUCCCUUCAUCAUUUUUAUCAUUCUCCCCCAAACAAAACACCUGGCUGCUUAAGUCUCCUCCAUGCCACAGUUUUCUUUUUUUCCUUCCAUCCUUCCUUCCUUCUUUCAUUCAUAUGUAUUCAUUAAAACCAUCUGAAAGUUAUUUAAAAUGUCAAAUCAACUAAUGCUUGUUUUUUUUUCUUCUUUCCUCUCGUAUCUAAGUUCUUCAGUCGAUUCAUUCAAGGCAGUGCUCCAGCAUGGCCGUAGUCUGUUAACUGAAACUGAUUGUGGGCAAACAUAACUGUUGCACGAAUGGUGUCGUUUGUUUGCAAACAUUGUGAAAAGAAUUGUGUUUGAAGGAAUCCGGAAACUAUUACCUGUAACCCCAACAGGUGAGACUGGGAAAGAGAAACGGAAUCUGGUCAAAGAAAUUCUGCCUCAUUAAAAUGAUGAUCAUCACAUGCAAGAUAUAUAUUUAAACACUUUCUCUCUCUCUCUCUCUUCAAGCAAAACUGAUGCCAUUUGAAAUAUUUUCUCUUCUCAACAUUUUAUACAUGAAUGUCUGUAUAAAUGUAACUUUGUGGCACUGUGGUCUCAGGUUCAGUCCCACUCUGUAACAUCUCGAACAAGUGUCUUUUACUAUCGCCUGGACUAAUCAGUACUUUGUGAGUUAAUUUGAUGGAUAGAAACUGCGUGGAAGCCCAUAUGUGUGUAUUUGUUCCCCUCACUCUACAGUGCUAGACAACUGGGGUUGGUUUAUUUACAUCCCUGUAAUUUUGUGGUUCAGCAAAAGGGGCUGCUAGAAUUAGUACGGGGGGUGGUGGUGAUUUGUUCAACUAAACCGUUCAAAGUUGUGCCCCAGCAUGGCCUCUAUACAACGACUGAAACAAGGAAAAGAUAUGAUGUCCACAUGUUAAUAUGUGUUCAACUCCUACAACAGCUAUUUAACUAUUAUUUUAUAUAUCUAUAAUUGUGAAAGAGGUCAAACGUUAAGGCAAAGCAAACAUCUGUUUCUGGGAUAUCCCAUCAUCAGAGACAAAUAGGGAAAUAGAGAAGGAUAUAGAUUAAUGAAAUGACAACAAAGGAUUGCACCUGGACUUAGGUGCAAUCCUGCGUAAAUCCUAUAAGAUCAGAAAGUUGAACUGUGAACUUUUAUGUGUCUUUUUUCUUCUUAUUCCUCUACGUCAUCAUUUCAUUAAUCUAUGUCUUUCUCAUCUCCAGUGAUGGAAUAUCCUAGAAACAGCUGUAAGACUUUGAAUUCUUUCCAGUAAUAAUAAUGUAUAGGACUGGAGAUGUUUGCCUUGCCUUAACAUUUGUUGUCCUCUUAAACAAUUAUAUAUCCGCCAUAUAGGAAAUCUGCAAUGGCUCCAGAACUACCUCUUCGGCUAUAACCUUGGAGCCCUAACAAUCUGUUACAGCGCUUACCUAGUCAUUUAAAUCACCUGUGAAGUAAUCCUCCAUGCUUUGUAUAAAUAUAGUCAGUAAUAUUGUUGGCUUUAGUGUGCCUGGCUGACAAACUGAUUAUUUUUCUCUUUGAUUUGUUACUAAAAAGAAUUUAUCAUGUCCUGAUGCUAUCAGCCUCAGUAUGCCUGGUUGACGAAUGGGUUCCAUUCCUUGCUCUAGUGAGAUUAAGCCAUUGUUUGACUACAAUUUAAACAUUUUCAAUGCAACUCAUUGCUGUUUAAAGCAGGGAAAACAAACAAGAAAAAUCUAUUCAAUGCAGAUUUAUUGUUUCAGUAUGUUUCUUUUUGCUUGGGCGAGGGGGGGGGGGGUAUAGAAGCAGAUUUUAUUUUUUAGAGAUGUGUGUUGUAAAGGAAGAGGUGGGUUCUCACGUCUCCAAAAUAAGUUGGUUUUGAUUCCUGGCAAAAAGACAAAAAUAUUACUCACCCCCUCUCCUUAAUCAAAUGAAAAACUUGUCCCAUUUUGGAAAUUUGAUGUAAUCAUUCCUGCCUCCCUGCAAUACCUGGCUGAAUGCUUGUUUGAAACCAUUAUUUCUGGCUCUUUAUAUUCCUAGUUCAAAUCUCAGUGAGGUUAACUUUGCCUUUCAUCCUUGAUAAAAUAAAGGACCAGUCAAAUAGGCCUUGUGCCUUUAGUAGCAAGGAUUAUUAACAACUGUGGGUUGGUAGAGUAUUGUGAUAUUUAAUCACAUCCCUUUACAUUCUGAGUUCAAAAUCCCACUCGGGUCAAAUGUGCUUUUCUUCCUUCAGAGGAUUAUAAAGUAUCAAUCAAGUACUGGAGUUAAUUCCUUUGCUGGGUCUCUGUCCCCAAAUUUGUGGCCUUUUCCCAAAAGUAGAAAUAAUUAUUAUCCUCCCAGUUAAGGCAGCAGAUUGGCUGAAUCGUUAAGUCAAAUAAAAUACCUUGUGGUAUUUGUUCUGAGUUCAAAUCCUAUGAAGGCCCACUUUGCCUUUCAUCCUUUUGGAGUCAGAUAAAACAAGGCACCAGUCAAGUAGUGGGGUUGAAAUAAUCAACUUGUCCCCCCCCUCCUCAAAUUGCUGGCCUUGAUGUGUAAAUUAGAAUUAUUCCAAUCCUAUUUGUUCCAGUUUUAGUUGAUUUAUUUUUACUGAAAAAUUACGACAACAUUGCUGACCAAAUAUGAAAUAAAAACAUAA